CGCUGCAUAAAUGUAACCUGCGCGCUGGAGUCGCUGCUCUACAGCGCAGAAGAGAUCAGACUGAAGCGGAGAAAGUCUGUCUUUAUCUCUCUCUCUCUCUCUGUCUGUCUCUCACUGUGUCUCUCUCUCUCUUUAUCUCUCUGUCAGAUCUGCAGCGCGAUUUCUUCACACUGGAUUAUUAACCCGAGAUUUACAGCAGAUUGGAGAUGCUGGAGAAGAAGAUGGACUGGCAGUGGAUAGUUCCUUUGUUCCUGCUCGGGAUCAUAGCAGAGAUUGCUGUAAUGGCGAGUCCAGAGGUAAACAAAAGCGAAGAACACCUGCCUGUUAAUGUAUACAACGAUAUCGGAUCCACCAGACAGAAGAUCAUGACGGCGCAGUUCGAGUGCUAUCAGAAGAUCAUGAUGGACACCAGCAAUGUUAAAGUUGGUCGGAUGUGCAACCAGACGUGGGAUGGGUGGCUGUGCUGGGACGACACGGACGCUGGAGUUACCGCUCACCAGCACUGUCCUGACCACUUCCAGGACUUUGACCCUACAGAGACAGCCUCGAAGGUGUGCAUGGAUAACGGACAGUGGUUUAUGCAUCCGGAGAGCAACAGGACGUGGACGAAUUUCACCAGAUGUAACGCACACAGUAAAGAAAGUAGAAUGACGGCAAUAAACCUGUUCUACUUAGCGCUGAUAGGACACGGGCUGUCUCUCGUCUCACUGUUUAUUUCACUUGGGAUCUUUUUCCAUUUUAAGAGUUUGAGCUGCCAGAGAAUCACUCUGCACAAAAACCUCUUCUUUUCCUUUAUCUUGAACUCCAUCAUCACUAUCAUCUGGUUAACGGGUGUAGCUAGUAACCAGGAACUAGUGCUGAGAAAUCCGACCAGCUGUAAAGUCUCCCAGUUUGUCCAUCUCUACCUGUUCGGGUGUAAUUAUUUCUGGAUGUUGUGUGAGGGGAUUUACCUCCAUACGCUCAUCGUCGUGGCCGUCUUCGCCCAAAAACAGCAUUUAAUGUGGUACUAUCUUCUCGGAUGGGGUUUUCCGCUGUUACCGACUACGAUUCAUGCCAUAGCUAGAAGUUAUUAUUACGAUGACAACUGCUGGAUCAGUUCCAACACGUCUCUGCUGUACAUCAUCCACGGGCCGAUCUGCGCUGCGCUGUUGGUGAAUCUCUUUUUCCUGCUUAACAUCGUACGUGUCCUCAUCACCAAGCUGAAGGUGACGCACCAGGCCGAGUCGAGUCUGUACAUGAAAGCUGUUCGUGCCACUCUUAUCCUCGUCCCUCUGUUGGGAAUCCAGUUCGUCCUCCUGCCCUAUAAGCCUGCAGGACGUGUCUUAUCUGAGAUUUACGACUAUGUUAUGCACAUCUUAAUGCAUUAUCAGGGUCUUCUGGUGGCCACUAUCUUCUGCUUCUUUAAUGGAGAGGUUCAGAGUGUGUUACGGAGACACUGGAAUCAGUAUCGUAUGCAGUUUGGCAGCGCGACGACUCACGCCGAGGCGCUCAGAUCGACGUCCUACACGGCCUCGUCCAUCACCGAGGUGCAGGGCUGCUACAGCAUCGACGGCCACAGCGAACAUUUAAAUGGCAAGAGCUGCCUCGAAGCUGACAAAUCAGAGAAUUCCUUCAACUGAGCACGUGACCGAACAUGGCAAGACACAUCAUGCACAUCAUGUUCGAAUGUUACAUGAAUGCGUCUACCCGGAGUUCUCUGCUGACGUAUGAAGGAAGGAAGGUUUACUGCUCUCACACUGCCUUAUUAUCUUACACAGUGCAUUCUACAUGAAUGAGAAAAAUAAAAUUAAUUGGUGACACUUUAAGAGACGCAUAUUAAUUUAGGCUGCGUCUCGAUCGGCUCCCAGUUCGGGAGUCCGGGCUCUGAUCAGGGAGUCGGGGAUUUUACGGACUCGCUCGCUCGCUCGCUCUCUUUCUCUCUCCCUGAAUCAUGGAAUUGUUUGAGUGAAGUAUACUUUUUGCUCUGUAAAAAGAUCCCACAAUGCGACACAAAAACAGAACACAUCCAUUCUCACUAUGUUCCCUUACUGGGAAUCUUUGUGACUUAUAUUCUAAAGUUUCUCAGCUCAAUAAAAUAAGGCAGACAAACUCAGCUAAGUGUUUUACAAAUGUAAGAAGCUUCUCAGCAUCGUUGUAGCUCUCAAAUGAUUAAUUACUGUACGCUAGUGUAAGGUAACUUUAUUUACUUCAUCUUCUAUAUGGCUAACGAUGGCUAAUAUGAUAAAAAAAAAAUAUCCACAAGCUACCAUUUGAUCCUGUUGAAGUACCAAGAAACAAAUGACACAUUUAUAUGAGAUAUAAAACGUAAAUAUUUCAUAUUUGGGGGAUUUUACUGUGAUCGAUUUGGCGAUUGCGCAAUCAGGGUCCUAAUAUGUAGUGAGCCAGAGUCCUUACCAAUACUACCCACUAUACUGAUUCUCUACAGAGGGAGUUGAUUUGAGAUGCACCCUGAGUCAUUAAUUAUACAUAACUAAGAGUACUAAACGUUAGUUAGCCUUUUAACCAAAGAAACUAUAGUCAUGCUUUUUUUUAAUAUACUGUAUAUAUUUUAAUGAUGAAAUCCUUUCAGGGAAACUCAGUUGCUCGCUAGUCAAUGAGUGAAAAUCUAUCUGACUCACCAAGAGUUAUUGUGUCCUAAAAUAUAACAGCGCGACAAAAUAUUUAAAUCAUAUGCAAAUAUAUUCUCUGAUAUUGAAUAGCGGAGCUAAAACUUCCAUAUUGAUAGAAAAUGAAUCUCUUUAAUUAGAAUGAUGGUAAUUUUCUGUGGAAGCAAUAGUUUGUUAGUUAUAUUCGUAUUAUUUUUUUUAAUUUUUUUCUAUGUAGUCUAUAAAAAAAAAAGAAAAGAACGGCCAGGAAAAGUGUCAAAUAGUGGCAAGCUGUCAAAAAUAAAUAAAUAAAUAAACAAAUGAAUAAAUAAAUAAAUAUGGAUGUAAGCUGGGAAUGAAUUUGGGAUUAGUGAAUAAAACUGAUUACAUAUUUAAUAAUAUAGACAAUUUUCUUCACUACGGUCACAGUUUAGUUCAGUCCGUUUCGCUAGCUAGAUAUUUCUAGAUAUUUUUCUCAUUUUUCUGGUAUAGUUAGCUGAAAACGAAUUAUUUUUAUUACUUACUCCCGAACAUGUCUGUCGUCAGAAUAAUGUACGUAACAAUUAAUGUAGCUCACAACUCUAAUACAUGACACAUGACCAACUCUUUACAUACUGUACGUGCUUCAGGUCCCGAUCUGUUUUUAGUCGCCACUGAUAAAGUAAGAAGUAUAUAAGUUUAUUCCUUAAAGUGUUGCCAAUUAAUGAAAAGAAUAUAUUCAUGACAUUAGGAGUAUUUGUAGUCGCCUGCUGCUUUGUAAAGCCAUUGAACUGUAAAUACAUUUCUAAUAUCAUUUUUCCUUUCUUUUCUUCUGUACUGUUCAUUCGAAUGAGGCUGAAAUGUUAGCCAUCACUGCUGAUAAGCUUCGCUAACUAACGCUGUAUGGAAUGAUGACUUACAUUUUUACUAAUUGUUGUACAAAACAAAAUGUAUGUAUAAAUAUAUAACUAGAAAUAUAAAUAUCCCUAUUCAGGGAAACAGCCAGUAUCAUUUUCUAUGUUAUAUUCAGGACACAUCUGUAAAGUAAUGAUGUAAUGUCGUUUGUGUUUAUGCAUCGUGUCUUUGUCUGAAAUCACAUCAGAGUUCGUGUUUUCAUGUCUCACGUAGAUAAAGUACCUAUGACAAUC